UAAAUUUUUUUGAAUAGUUGCAUUUUUUAAUAACUUAUUCUUAAAAAUCAAAUAAAAUACAUCAAGCACAUGAAAAAGAAAUACAGUCUGUAUUUCAGUCAGAAAUAGACUUCUGUAGGCUUCUAGUAGGAAUCGCAUGUCAUGCAGGGAAAAAAAUGCUUUUUUCUUCCUCUGAUAAUGUUCCAGUUAGUGUUGCAGUUUAUGCUUUUCCAGGUAAGGUAUUGUCAUAUUGUUAUAUAUCUCUAUUUUAACAAGUUUUAACUUUGAAGAGAAAAAGGAAAAUAGGAUUGUUGUACUAUUUUAAGUGAAAACACAAUCGAGGGAAAGGAAGCUGUUCGAAACUGGUCAAGGCUGGCUUACAAAAACAAUAUGGCCUUAAACGAAGAAGGGCAGGUUUAGAUUAAUUGUAAGGAAAAGCCUCCAAGCAGUAAGAAGAAUUUGAGAAAGGAACAACUUCAGUUCAUUGCUUAGACUCUGGCAAUAGAAAUGGGUGCACACGAAAAGUGGUUAAAUCAAAAAAUCAAAACCUCUUAACACUGGAAUUCGCUUCCUUGCUUUGCUCUGUGUGACAAUCGACCUGUUCUGGGAUUGUGCAGCAGCAGAGGGACAUCCUGGCUCUAUUUUGUAGAAGUGGAAAAUGUAUAGUCGUACCUCAGUACUGGAUUUCAGAAGAUGGUGCCUAACAGCGUGGCUCUCCAUCUUGAGACAUUAGUCGGGUCUCUUACAUUGCAUUUUGGGAUGCCUGACAUCAUGCUGCACGGCUGAUUUACAGAAAAUGAGAAACAGAAUUAGUAACCAGUCUUCAUCUGUGUAUGUCCAGGCCUUUCCAGAUGUUCAGCUGUCCAGUCAGCAAUACUGCACAACUGCUAUGACGUGAGACCAUAUGUCCAGCAAUCUCAGGGAGCUGUGGAAAAUUUUUGGUCUGCCUGGGUAAAAUCUUAGUCAGAGAAAGACACAUGUCCAGAAAAAAAACAGAGAUUUGAGGACCGUUCUCCUUACAGGGACAAGCUGGUUGUGUAGCAGAUCCUAACCUGGAUGUGUUUGAAGACAGGGCAAUGGAUUCUGCCCCAGAUUUCUGAGUGAAGAUGAAUUUAGCAGAGAUUUGCGAUAAUGCCAAAAAAGGAAGAGAAUAUGCACUCCUUGGGAAUUAUGACUCUUCUAUGGUAUAUUACCAGGGUGUCAUCCAGCAAAUCCAGAGACAUUGCCAGUCGAUCAGAGAUCCAGCAAUUAAGGGCAAAUGGCAACAGGUCCGACAAGAAUUAGUUGAAGAAUAUGAACAAGUUAAGAGCAUUGUCAACACUUUAGAGAGUUUUAAAAUGGACAGACCUGCAGAUAUCCCUGUAUCCUGUCAAGAUGAGCCUUUUAGAGAUCCCGCUGUUUGGCCCCCUCCUGUUCCAGCUGAGCACAGGGCUCCACCUCAGAUAAAACGUCCCAACCGAGAAGUAAAACCUUUGAGGAAAGAAUCGCCAGGACUGCAGCCCCGUGGGCCUGCGGGCAGAGCACAUGCGGUGUCCAAGGGUGAGAAGUCUGCAGGCAGCCGCGAAAGGGAAUCUAGAGCUAGAGGAAGAGAUGACAAGGGAAAGAAAAUAUCCCAGGAAGUUGGUGAUGGGGAAAUUCCGAAAUUUGAUGGAGCGGGUUACGACAAAGACUUGGUCGAAGCUCUUGAAAGGGACAUUGUGUCAAGGAAUCCAAGCAUUCAUUGGGAUGACAUAGCGGAUUUGGAAGAAGCCAAAAAAUUAUUAAGAGAAGCUGUCGUUCUUCCAAUGUGGAUGCCUGAUUUUUUCAAAGGGAUCAGAAGGCCUUGGAAGGGCGUGCUGAUGGUUGGUCCUCCUGGCACUGGCAAAACAAUGCUAGCAAAAGCUGUUGCUACAGAAUGUGGAACAACAUUCUUCAAUGUGUCUUCCUCUACCCUGACGUCUAAAUACAGGGGCGAGUCUGAGAAGCUGGUCCGCCUCUUGUUUGAAAUGGCAAGGUUUUACGCUCCAACAACAAUCUUCAUUGAUGAGAUAGAUUCCAUCUGCAGCCGCAGAGGCACGUCUGACGAACACGAGGCGAGUCGCAGAGUCAAGUCAGAGCUGCUUGUGCAAAUGGACGGGGUAGGUGGUGCGCUGGAAAAUGAUGACCCUUCCAAGAUGGUUAUGGUAUUAGCUGCUACAAAUUUUCCCUGGGAUAUCGAUGAAGCUCUCCGACGGAGACUGGAGAAGAGGAUUUAUAUACCUUUGCCCACAGCAAAAGGCAGAGCAGAACUACUUAAGAUUAAUCUUCGGGAAGUUGAAGUGGAUCCUGAUAUCAGCCUUGAAGAAAUUGCUGAGAAGAUUGAAGGCUAUUCUGGUGCUGACAUCACUAAUGUUUGCAGGGAUGCAUCUUUAAUGGCAAUGAGACGACGUAUUAACGGCUUAACUCCAGAAGAGAUUCGUGCACUUUCUAAAGAGGAGCUUCAGAUGCCGGUUACCAAGGGGGACUUUGAGCUGGCUCUGAAGAAAAUCUCCAAAUCUGUUUCUGCUGCAGACCUGGAGAAGUAUGAAAAAUGGAUGGCGGAGUUUGGAUCUGCUUAAUCUCAGUGACAGGUCUCCUUUGCUAGAGUUUUAUGGCUUUUGUUGUUUUCACUUGCAAAAUGAGUUAGGAAUCUUUUUAAACGUUUAAUAAAAGGUCUGCCUCUGCCCCCAUCCCACCCCCUUCUGGUGACAAGAUCUUUUAAACUCUAUUUGCCUUUAAAGGGAAUGAACACAAUAAUGAGUUGAUACUGUAAAAGAUAUUUUAUCUCUGAAAUAGUAAAAUAAGACAAAGAGGAAGGGAAAAAUUAUACUUGUGAGGAUAAUCUUUUUAUUUUUCCAGUGAAGAGCAGUGUUGCUUAACUUCCUCAUAGUCAUCUUUCAUUGCUGGAAUCAAUACAUUAGCUGGGGGAUGUGACUCCAGAGGAGCUAACAAGGGCUCGCUGUGCCCCCUGCCCUUAAGUGCUACAUUUCUGUUGAGCUGCUGACUCUGCCUCCCUUGAAUGUGGCAUCGAAGUUACUGUUCUCUCUCUCCCUCUCUGCUUGGAUAUUCAGAGCAAAGCCUGUGGAUUAAUUGGCAUUACACAGAGGAAAUGAGGAUCAGUUUUCCAUCAAGACAUGGGCUUGGCUCUCCUCUCAUGUAUGCUCAUGUGGAAUUGAUGUCACUGCAGACUGGAUUGAUGUUACCUGUGACGACUUUUGAUGGAAAUGAGAGAAAGAGAAAAGGGCCUUGAUUGCUCUCAGUUUGGUUUAUGCUUGAUCUCUGAACAUAGUUUGUACCAGUUUGACCAGUAGACACUUUGAAGUUUGACCAGUAGGCACUUUGACUUAAGUUACAUCUUGCACUUUUAUGCUUAUGUAUCAUCCUAUACUUUGUCUGUGCUGUCUAGAUAUUAUUAUUCUUAUUUAAGUACCAAGAGUUUAAUACAGUAAAGACACUAAUAUCAAGGCUGUCUUUAAAACACAAGGCUGUUCUUAAAACACGUGGCUGUGGACUUCCACUUCUUCUGAUUAGACAUGAACACUUUCCUAGCUUUACUAGGCAAUGGGAUUUGCACCUGUUUAUGUUGUAGAACUGUUCAUGCAUAAUCUUUUUUUAAUGAACAUUUCUUAAAAACAUAUAAAUGUUAUUGAUUUAGGGGAAAAUAAUCUGUACAAUCUCAUUUAUGUUCUUAUCUGUUUCUUCCCUUCCCACGUGCAAGUGCAGGGAUGAGAAGGGUUGGGUUAUAAACUCAAGCAUGAGAAAUCCUCUCUCUAGAGUAUAACUGUCAUGCUGACUAUAUGAGCUUUUUACAGACUCAGGCUGCGAGUCUGACAUAUGAAGGUUUCCCGUGGUAGGAAUGAGAAGGAGAGGUCAAAUUUACAGAGGAAUAUGCAAGCUCUCAAAUUUUUGGUGAUUUUGUGAGCUAGGCCCGAAGUAUUUUGGGGGAUGUGAGUUGCUGUGUGGUUCGGUAGGUGUUCUGCCCUUUGGCUCUCUGCUGAGACUCCUAGUGUCAUAGCCAGAUGUGGCAAACUGGAGUGAGAAACAGGUCAUACCUCCUCUUGAAUGGGAGUAUAUCCUUAUUUGCUCGUUUUUGCUAGUUCUUGGAAGUUCCCAAUAAUGUCAGUAAUUCAGCACACUGGUCUCUUGGGCCAUGACAUGUGAACCACUAAGGCAAAUGCUGCUCAAGUGUGUUUACUGUUCAACAGCAAGGACUGUCAGGAUACAUGCAUGACAGCUCUGCAGCAUCUAUCUGAUUACGUGAGUGACUUUUGAAGCUGUUUCACCGUUGCUGCUUUGUCUGUCAAUAUUCCUUUUUCUUUCUUUGUAUGUGAAGGCCACGUCUUGGGUUAUGUAUUUAUAAUGAUCCUGUCAUUAUGAAGGGCUGCCCCAAUUUGCAUGGAGGAAUACCAUGGAGAUUCUGUCGAUCUUGCAUUUGACAUGAAACUUAGUCAGGGCUUUAGAAGCAUGUUUCCAUGUGGCACUCCAGAAAAAUAUCUUCUGGGGCCCCCAGACUGGUUGAGACACAGCUGCUGUUCAUAUCUUUCCAAGGACAGAGCAUCUCCGCUGCCUAGCAUUAGGCCCUGUUACACUCCUGGACAGGGAGGUUGGUGCAGAAAGAACACCAGGUUUUGCCCUCUUCACCUACAGGGAGAAUAAAGGCUUAUUUCCUGACCAGUUUGCACUAACUGCACAGUAGAGCCCUUGGGAUUCACAGUACCUGUGGCUAUCAGACUAAAAGGAACAGUUCUCUCUGCAUUGGAAGAUAAGCAAGCAGAAGCAGUGUUGAUUCUUUAUAAUUUUUUGAUAAAUUCCUACCAGGGCUAGUCUGUUCCUCCCAGGGAAUAACUGGACCUUUAUAGAGAGAAAGCUUUAAAAACAUUGCUACAGUCUGUCAUUUCUUCCUUAUGAAAGCUGUAGGCUGCAGCUGUUACUCUUUUUGUUUGUUUGUUUCUUUUACUGCAGUAGAAAUAAGUAAAGCUAUGCGAAUCUUUUGUGGCCAAUGCCAGAUUAGCACUUCAGGGUCUCUCACUAGAGAGACCAUUGCUGCCUGAGGAGCUUAGUCUACACAAGCAAGAUCUAGAAGGGAAUAGACAUGAAUGCCAGUAACUUGCCCUAUUCAGCUGCCCAAGAGCAAUACUGGGAUUCAGCAGUUGCUGCUUAGAAAGGUCUAAGUACCAGUUUUCUCAGUUUCAUAUUGCAGGCAGCAGUGCCCUUCCUGCUGAUGAAAGCACAGCAUUUAGCAAAAAUGUCUGUAGCUCUUUUGAUGAACCUUGUACCUUAAGGCAUUAAACUUCCCUCCUGGAUGUUAAGCAAAAUUCACUGUACUGGGCAUUCCCUCUAGUAGGAAUUAUUCAGGUGCUGCAGUCUUUUUCUCUAAAGGUCAUGAUUUCUACCCCAAAUAUGUUUUUCCUGUACAGGUCCAUUCAUCCUGUACUGCUGUAGAGCAGAAAAGUGAACGUUUCCAGGCUGUAGAUGUUUAUGUGUACGAUGGUUGUGCCCACGCAUUACACCUGUGACUUGGGCCCCGCUAGAUCAGGCACCCUGGAAGACAGAGACCAUCCCUUCCCUGCUGAGACUUUUCAGGAUAGGGAUCUGACCCUGUAUGGUGACCCUUACAUCUUUACCAAGUCACGCUGGUGCAGUCACCUAGGUGGGCUUGGAGAUUGGGUGCCAGCAGUGGGGUGCAGCAAGGAGCAACCAGGGAAGGAAGGCCAGGCCAACAGUGGCAGCAACUCAAGGCCCUAAGGGUGAGCUUACGGCUCAGUGUCAGUCCGUGUCCCACUGGUGGAAACCCUUGUGUAGGGAUGUUGGAUUCCUCAGAGAGCAAUGUACGAGCAUAUCACAGCCUGCUGCGACAGUUUGUUCAGUCUCUGUCUGUAUGUGUAUGGAGAUACACGCGCACACGUGUGUGUGUGUAUAUAUAUGCACACAAUGUGUGGUGCUUCAGUAGUUUGUACCUAAAUUAUAUAAAAAACAUGUUUUAAAGCUGUGUUUACGUGUCUCUUUCUAAACAUCUGUGAAGGCCCUCUUGAGUGGCACUGUUAAUUUUUGUACAAUAAGCAACCUGGUUGUAUGAAGUAAUAAACGUAUGUGUAAA